AAACCGUGCAUGAACGCGAUAAAUGAUUAACGAUAAUAAUAUUAUAAUAAUAAUUUUAUAGAGACUGCGUUUUUAAAUAUUAUGUGUCGUGACGUGCCCGGGUGGCAUCCUAAAGUCUGAUUUAAAAUCUUUUUUCAAGUAUUAUUUAACAAAUGUCUUCAUUCCUAACGGUCGAUUGCAAUAUGAUUUAAUAUUUUAUCAUAAUUUAUUUAUAUUACAUAAUAUUAUUAACUAUAUAUAUAUAUAGUAAUAUAUUAUACUAUCAUCUACGCCGUAGGUACGCGGUACACACACACCACAUCACAUUCGCUGCAUCGACGAAUCAUGAACCGUUUCCAUCACUAUGCAGUUGUGUUCUUCGUGACCGCGUGCAAUGUUGUACACGGACGUCGUAUUAAUCUGGACUACUAUCACUUAGAAAGUAUGAAGGACGUACUAUCCUACCCCUCUGGUUCGUACCACAUCGAAUAUGUUAAUAUUGAUGACUUGUAUAAACGGAGGAGGAAACGGGAAUAUAUCUCCUCAUUUAAAAUACCGUUUAUGGAGUUAUUUCACGAAGACAGCGAGAAACCCGCCGCAGAGAAUAAGAUCAUCACUUCGGACGCCGACAUCACAACCACCGUAAACUCCGAGAUGACCACGACUGCGGCGAAAGUCGAGGAGGCAUACAAGAAUUUCAUGGACGCGACCCAAUCGUCUACAGAGACACACAUCGUGACUAUAGGGUCAGACGUGAGGAAAAGCUUGGUGAACGCCGCCCCAUACCUGCCGCUGGUGAACAAGUUGGCCACGUACGUCGUGCCAGACUUGUCGCCGAGAGACGUAGUCACGUUGUCCUUGAACGUGGCGGCACUCACCACCCAGGGGGCCGCGGACUACGAGAACGCCGAUAUCACCGGAGAUCAGACCAAACCAAAUAUUGGUGCUACGAUUAGUCAAUAUGCGACUGGCAUUUACGGAAAGUUGAAAGAAUCUUUAAUAACACAUUUGGGACACGUUAAGAAUUAUUUCUCGAACGAAGAAAAAACCAAUUCAUUGGUAGAAACGCAUAGUAUUUUCGAUCAUGUGAAAAGUAAAAUGAAUAUUUUUGGCAGUUUUAUGAACAGCAUUGAUUCACCCCAAACGGAAAACAAAGAAAACCAGAUUGAAACAAUAGUAACACAAACGUAUAUAGAAGGUUCUAAACCCCCUAUAACCAACACUGUUGUAACGAAAAAGUAUGAAAAUGGAGUCGAAUCGGUCCGCCAAGCAACAAAUGGAGAAACAAACAUAUUAAGCCCAAAACUAUUAGAGAAUGCAAAUCAUAAAGUUGGUAAAAUAAUAACGGAUAUGAAAAAUGAAUUCAAAAGUAAUGAAAGCAUGGAGAAUGACUCUGAUGUUGAAGCUUACGAUGAUGAUGGUGAUGAUGGGAAUACAGACGAUGAUGAUGAAAACACGAACGAUGAAGAUGAAAACACGAAUGAAGAUGACGGAAACAUGAACGACGUUGAUGGUAAAAACACAAUCGAAGAUGAAGUUCAAAUAAAAGAAGAAGAUUUCAACAGAGUUAUGCAAGAAUCCAUGGCUUUACAACCUGACUUUAUAAAUACACUUGAUGGUGAAGAGUUGCUGAAACGCAUAGAUGCUUUACAAAAAUCAUUAUCAAAUCCGAACCCCAAUAAUAGAAAAACAUUGAAAGCUGUAACAGAGGAAUUGGACCUUGAUGAACACUAUUCAGAUGAUCAUGUAAAUGAACUAAUCGACGUUCUGGAAAUAACCACUAACUAUUUCAUAGUUAAAGCUAUUGAAAGAAAUGCAUUAUUAAAGGAGCCACCAACACCACCUACACCUCCAACUCCAAUUUUGGAUUAAUUGUAAUAUACUUUAAAUAAUAUAAAACCAUUAUAUUCAAAUUAUUAUUUUUAUUUAAUCAAGUUUUCAUUUAAAUAUAAACUACAAGGUUUAUGUAAAUGUAUUUUAAUUUUUACACGUAUAUUCAAUCGCACAGUUUCAUAAUACGAUAUUUUAAUUUGUACUUGACCGUACUGUUUUAAACAUGUUUGUUUAAAAAUAUAAAAAUUAUAAAUACUUCAUAUGA